UGUUUACAAUCCUCCAAUAAAUGGAAGAAGAAGAAGAAGCGUGCUACUACGCUGCAGAUUAGCUUCAGUAGACGUGUUACUUAAACGUUCGAGCGCCACUAAGUAUUGAUUUGCUGAAGUAGUACUGAAUGUUUACACAUCAAGUUUAUUACUACGUAAUCUAUUUUAGUGUCUAUAAAUCUGCGUGACUUGAUAAACUCAUCUCGCCGCACGCUGGAGCUUCUCGAGCUAGCUUAGCUUAGCCUACGAACAAAGACGCUUUUUUUUUGUUUUGUUUUGGUGGCAACAAGCGUUGUAAUUGUUGUGUGAAAAUGUGUGCAAGGACGACAGAAGGUUACGUUCAAGGACUUUGUGGAACAAAGGAGCAGCGCGAGCGACAACGUCGACUUGUGGACGCUGUUUUCGUGCAGCCUCGAGCAGAGGUCAAUGAAAAAUAUCACCUUCCUGAGCAACAGGAGCCAAAGUCUCCUCACAUUAAAGAAGAGGAGGAAGAGCCGCCCCACUUUAAAGCGGAAGAGAAGCCCGAGCCACCUAAUGUUCAAGAGGAAGAUGAGACAAAGCCCUCCUAUAUCAAAGAUGAACAGGAGGAGGAGGAUAUCACCAAGUUGCCAUUGAAUGGCGCCCCUUUGAAGAGUGAACAUGAUGAAGACAAAGUUCGAAAUGAGGAGAACAGAGCGGCAGAGCCUACAAGCAGCAGCCCAAGUCAAUACAUGACAACAGAAGGUGAUGGAGACCACUGCGCAGGAUCACAAGCAGACGGACUCUUAGCUCCACAAUCAGACAGUGACGACAUAACGUCACAUUCUUCUGACACUGACGACGAUGAACACUCGAAAGGUGACACGACGUGUCACACUGAGAGCACAGACUUGAAAUGCUCGGUGUGUGGGAAAACAUUAUGUUCAAAGAGGGGUUUUAAAAUACACAUGAGAACGCACACUGGAGAGAAACCUUAUGCGUGUUCAGUUUGUGGUAAAACCUUCGCUAUAAAGCAAAGUUUAACAAGUCACACAAGAACACACACAGGAGAUAAGCCAUUUUCCUGUUCAGUUUGUGCAAAAAGCUUCACUUUAAUGUCAAGUUUAAAAACUCACACAAGAGUGCACACAGGAGAGAAACCUUUUUCGUGUUCAGUUUGUGGUCAAAGAUUCUCACUAAAAGGACAUUUCAAAAGACACUUUCGAACACACACUGGAGAGAAGCCUUUUGUCUGCUCGGUUUGUGGUAAAAGUUACAAUCGAGAGGAAAAUUUAAAAUUGCACAUAAGAACACACACAGGAGAGAAACCUUUUGCCUGCUCAUUUUGCGACAAAAGGUUUUUUUACAAGACACAAUUAAACGCCCACACAACAACACACACCGGAGAGAAACAUUUUGCCUGCUCGGUUUGUUGUAAAAGAUUCUGUGUUAAGAGAAGUUUGAUAUGCCACAUAAGAACGCACACUGGGGAGAAACCCUUUUCCUGUUCAGUCUGUGGUAAGCGAUUCUCUGGAGAGAAACAAUUAAAAACGCACAUAGUAACACAUACUGGUGUAAAACCUUUCACCUGCUCAGUUUGUGAUAAAGGUUUCUUCCGCAAGGACCGAUUAAACAUCCAUGCAGCGACACACACUGGAGAGUAACCAUUUCCCUUCUCAGUUUGUGAUAAAGUAUUCACACACAAGGUACUAUUAAACAUCCACGCAACACACACUGGAGAGUAACCAUUUGCCAGCUCAGUUUGUGGUAAAAAAAAAAAAAGAAAAGUAGAUUUGAAAAGCUAUAUUUACAUUUCCGCACCAGAACACACACUGGAAACUUCUUGCCUGAUACGUUACUUGCAGUGAUUCUUCCGUAUUGGUUAGACACAUAAGAAUGCACUCUGGUAAGAAAUCAUUUGUUACAGUGUGUCUUAUAAAAUAUUCUCUUAAUGGAUAAUGUCAAGAAACACAAGGGUGCUAAUGAAAAAAGCAAACCAUUUUUCACAUAUUUGCCACCUUACAUGAAUCGUUAAUAUAGUGAAUGAAUAAUUUGGGGCCCAGCAUUGACCCUUGGGGGAAACGACAAGGAAUGCUCAACCAAACAUGAGUAAGAAUCACCCAACUUCACAAACUAUCGUCAGUCAGUCAGAUAACUCCUCAUCCAGUCCAACACCCUUCCCCUAAUACCAUAUCGCUCUAAUUUUAAUAAAACAUUGCGGUUUAUUAUGUCAAAAGCCACACAUAUAUAUAUAUAUAGUAAGCGGUUUUUGUUUCAAUGAUUUAGUAAUUUGACACUAUUAAUGCCAGUGAUGUUGAUCUGUUUGAUAUGAAUCCAUACUGACUUUUGUUAAGUAAUUUGUUUAUUUAUGCAACGUAUGUUAACGGUUUUGAAAUUCCCUCAAUUACCCUCAAGUUAGGGUAAGUUAUUUCAAUAUCAUCAGUCAGUUAAUUUUUGUUUGUUUGUUUUUUAGUUUAAAGACAAAUUCAACAACUUCUCUCUCCUCUGCUGCUGUAAGGAACACAAAUGUAAAAUUUCUAUAAGACCACCACUCCGUUCCUCUGAUGUUCCUGAUAUUUUUAUUAUAUCAGACCCAACCAAUAUUGACAAAGAAUUUAUUGAAACAAUAAACCACCUUGUUCUCAGUAUUGUCUGUACUAAAAUAUUUCAGAUAACCCACCUGUCUUAAAUUUUCCACGUACCUUUACCAUUAUCUUUAUUCACUGCUAAUACUUUGAUAGUAUUCUUCCUUAAGUUGUCUUAUAACAGUUAGCUUGUUUUUUUAAAAAUAUUUUUUACAUUUGUUUUCUGCCCUUUGGUUCUCUGUUUAAUAAAUUCUCUAUAAAUUGUUCUUUUUACAUGCAUUUAUUUUUUUUUUUAUCCCUUUGUGAUCCAAGGGUCAUCUUGUUUCGGAGUAUCAUUAAACAAUUGUAUAGGGCAGUUUUUAUUAUACAGUAUCUUGAAUAUUCUCAUGAAUUCACUGCCAUAUGAUUUAUUUUUCCUAUAU